UCAUCGCCGGCCCUGUACUCUCUCUCCCCCCAUCAUUGGCUCGAAGCCGUCGACGUCGUGAGAUCCGACAUCAAUUCAUCUCAUCUCAUCCCAUCACCAUCGACCCUUCCAAUUCGGACUCCACCAAAGGAGCAUUUCCCUCUCCGACUUCGAUUCCCUUUCAGUCCAACGAUCUACGCGACAUAUAUGCAACACGGACACCGAUGAUUCGAUGUUCGACGCGGUCAAGCGCUGGUUCAACCGGAACCGGAACAACCUCCUCAUCGGUGCCAGCGUCGUCGGCGCAGGUUACCUCGCCGGUCAAUAUGUCCUGGGCAAGCUCCACGAGGCGCGAUUGCGCAUGAGCGAGGAGAAGAUCUCCAAGGAAAACUUGAGACGGCGUUUCGAACAGAACCAAGAUGAUUGCACCUACACCGUCCUCGCCCUCCUCCCCACCGUCCGCGAUGAGAUCGUCGCCGCCCUCCCCGUCGAGCAGAUCUCCGAGCAGCUCCAACAGGAACGACAGGAACGAUUACGGCGGAUCGGCGCGUCCGAAGCCGGCUCGUCCGAGUUCCCUUCCGCCGCACCCAGCACCGUCGGCGACGACGGGAAGAGUCUGACGGAGAGUUUCCUACACACCAGCCAGAUCGGUUCGAGCAACCCGGACAUCACGGCGGCACGGCCGAGGAGGAGCAAGGCGCAGCUGUGGCAGGACAUGAAGAUCAACUCCAUCGCGCGGGCCCUGACCCUGGUCUACACGCUGUGUCUCCUCACCCUGCUGACGAGGAUCCAACUGAACCUGCUCGGUCGGAGGACCUAUCUCUCCUCGGUCGUGGCCCUCGCCUCCCCGCCCAACCCCGCCCACGCCUCGAGGAUCUCCCUGGAGAACCACGACGACGACAACUACGACAACGCGUACGGCAACGACUUCGAGACCAACCGGAAAUACCUCACCUUCUCCUGGUGGCUGCUGCACCGCGGCAGCCGCGAGAUCAUGGCCCGCGUCAUGGCCGCCGUCAAGGAGGUCUUCGCGCAGGUGAACAUCCGCGAGGACGUCUCGCUGGAGUCCCUCGGCGGGCUGAUCAUGCGGGUCCGGAAGAUCGUCGAAGGCAGCACGGAGGAGGAGCGCCGCUCGACCAAGUGGCUCGGAUACCUCCUCCCGCCCGCCGAGGACGAGUGCUUCGUCAUCCGCCAAUCCGGCACCUCCGACCACAGCGGCGACGACGCCUACGCCAGCCCCGAACGAUCCCCCCUCCACGAGCCCGCCGCCGCCGCCGCCGCCCCCGUCGAGGACCCCGCCGCCCUCAUCAACCCCUCCCUCCGCCGCCUGCUCGACGAGACCGCCGACCUGAUCGACUCCCCGACCUUCUCCUUCGUCCUCACCCGCGUCCUCGACGCCGCCCACUCGCACCUCAUCGACCACCGGAUCGCGAUCGAGGCCUUCCACGCCGCGCCGCCGGCCCCGCCCCUCGACCCGGAGGCGCCGCUCCACGCCCAGCCGCGCAUCACCGAGCUCCCCACCGCCACCUGCAAGCUCGCCCACAUCCUGCCGGCCUUCUGCAAGCAGGCGCACGCCAUCGCCGUCGGCUCCGGCGAGCUCGAGUCCACGCUGGCGGGCGUCGCCGCCCAGGGCGCCAACGGCCUCGCGCUGGGCAACGAAUACCUCGCCGCCGUCGACCGCGUCCCCGACCUCGCCGCCUUCGCCGCCCUGGUGUACAGCAGCAACUGGGAGUACGAACCGCUGGAGUUCGCCGGCCAACAGCAGCAACAACAGCAGCAGCAGAACCUCUCGCGAGGUCCAGGAGUGGUCCCUGCCGCCGGGGAGGCCCCCCAGAGCGCGGCAGAGGCGAGGCUCCAGCGGGAAGUCGACGACGACGAGGAGAUGGAGAUCAUCGAGAUGGUCCACCAGGCCGCCGCCCGCCGACAGCACCAGCAACAGCAGCAGGAGCAGGAGCAGGAACUCGCUCUCCAACAGGGCUUCGAUGAGGCCCAGGCCGCCCUCGUCCAACAGGAGGAAAGCGCCAUCCUCGUCCCCCACCCUCCUCCGCAGUCCACCCGUGAGCAGCAGCAGGAGGAGGAGGCGUCUCCCCUCGGCGAGAAAGCCCGGAAUGCCGCCGGCGAGGCCACGCAGGAGCUGGAGAAGGCGUGGCGGAAGGCGACGGCCGCGGCGACGUCGGCGGCGGAGGCCGUCGAGGAGCACGCCCGGGCCGCGGUGGACGAAGUCCGGGAGAGCAAAGCGGAGGACGUCGUCGUCCAGGCGCGGCAGUUGCAACAACAGCAACAGCAGGUGCCGUCGACCCGGGAAUUCUCCGGCCCGGAGACUGCCGUGCCGCCGCCGCUCCUCCCCCCUCCAUCAUCAUCAUCAUUAUCGUCGUCGGAUCCCCCCGCCGCUUCCUCAUCGCCCUCGCCCUUACCACCAUCAUCAUCAACCACGACGACGAAAACAAUCCCAGCGGAUCCCUCGACCACAUCCCCAGCACCAUCAUCAUCGACACCAACCCCACCAUCAACAACAACAAACACCCUCCUCCCCCAAACCGGAUCUCACCCGGAGGAACCUGCAAAUGCAAAUGCGAACGCAAACGCAAAUGCCGGAGGGGAGAUAAGAGAGGAGCCCAACGAAGAGCCCACCGCCGUCCUGGAAGGAGCGACGCUACAACCCCCUCCUGCUUCGACUUCGACUCCGAUUUUCCCGGAAGGAAUCCCGGCGGAGAUCGUUGAGGCGGAUGCCGCUGGUGCCGCUGGUGGGGGUGAUGUUCAGACUCUCCCUGAGAAGUGAGGGAUGACGAUGACGAUGACGAUGUGAGAUCUUUCAGAGAUGCGGAAGAGAUGAGAUGGGAUGGAAGUCAGAGCGGGAAAUCCCAAGUCGAAGAGGGGAGAGGAUGGCCUGGUCUGGCCGAGGAGUGGGAAUCUCCCUUGCCUUUCUUUCUUUUUCUCGCCUCUCGCCUCUCGACGCAUCGGCUGUGGUUCUGUAUCCUGUAUCCUGUGUGUGUAUCUUCUGUGGGUCCGUACUGUAUCCCUGGUGAUUUUCCUCGAGGGAACUCACAACCCUCACAUCGUCGUGUGCAAUUACAUAUACAACUUCACAUAACAUAACAUAACAUAACAUAACAUAACAUAACAUAACAUAACAUAUCAUACAUCCAUACAUGUUCUCGUC